AUGGAGGAGGCGCAGCGGAAGGCGGACGAGAUGCUUGCGGAGCUGCAGGCGGGGAGCGGGGCGGAGGAGAAGGCGGAGCGGAUGGAGGUGGCGGUGGAGUAUCUGGCGGACCUUCCGCCCGGCGUGCGCGCGACCGUGCUGCCCGACGCUCUGCCGCGCCUGUUAGAGCUUCAGACGGACUCCACGUUCCUUGUGCGGAAGAACUCGGUCGAGCUCUUCCAUCGUCUCGGCUCCACCAUCAAGCAUCGCGUCGCCACGCCCCUGCGCUCAUCGCCUCCGCGCUCAUGCCACCCUUCAACCCUUCACAUUUUCAACCCCUUCCCCCUUCCCCCCAGGCUCUUCUACCGCCUUGGCUCCACCAUCAAGCACCGCGACGCCUCUGCCCUCAUGGCCUCCGCGCUCACCGCCAUCAUCCGCGCCUGUCCGCCCAUGCCCCUCCCCGCGCCCCCUCCUUCCGCUGCCUCCGCGCCCCCCGCGCCGUCUUCUGCUACUGCUGCGGCGCUCACGCCUCUCCCCGCGCGCCUGGCGCCCGCGGCUGUGGCGACCAGCAAGGCAGUCAAGCACGUCAUCUCUGCUGCUGCCGCCCUAGUUAAGGGGGCCUUCGCUGCUGUCACGCCCGUUACAAGCGAGCCCCAGGCGUGGUCAGAAGCGUGGGAGCAGGUGGCAGCGUUGGUGCCGCUAAUAAGGGACAUACUGCCAGGCCAGUAUCCCGACAGCGUGCGCGUGCAGGCAGUGGGCUUCACAGAGAUGCUCGUGCUGCUCGGCCGGCCCGGGGGCAAAACCGCUGCUGCUUCUUCUUCUGCUGCUGCUGGUGGUAGUGGUGGUAACGGCAGCAGUGGGCAGAACGGGGGCAGCGGAAGGGAUAGGGCGGAUGGUACAGACAUGGCAAACGGAGUGUUGCAUCUCCCCGACCCUGACUCCGACCCGUGGCUUAAAGCCCAGUCCCUCGCCUCCCUCUCCGCCCUCACCUCUCUGCUGCAACCCCCCGCAGUCGCCUCCCUCUCCCCCCCGCUCCUCCUCACGCUCACCAGCAGCCUCGCUGGCAUCGCCCGCCGCUGCCCCGCUCUUUACAGUCACAUCGUCCCAGCGCUGGUGGGGAUUGUGCCGCCCAGUGCCACGUCAGCGGCGUCGGCGCCGGUGGCGGUCCCAAGAGGGGAGGAGAGUGGGUGUGGGGUGGUGCAGCAGCUGCUGCAGGCGUCGGGUAGUGUGAGGCAUGGCGUGCGGGCGGCGCUGCUUGUCAUGUUGCGGCUCAUGCCGCUCGCUCCAGGCGGGAUGAAGGUGGGUGGGAGCGGGCGCUGUUGUGGUAGAGCCGCAGCUGCCGCCGCCGCCGCCGCCACCGCUGCUGCUGAUGGUCCCUCUGGUGCUUCUGGUGUUUCUGUUGGGGGUACUGGUGCGGGUGGGAGUGGUGGUGGGGCUGGGAGUGGUGCUGCUACUGCUGGUGGAGGUGGUGGGGGGGGCGAGGGAGCAGCAGCAAAGGCGUCUGCAGGGACAGGGAAGGCUGCUGGUCGGCCUGCUGAUCCACGGGCCAAGGCAGUAGGAGUGAAGAGAGCGAGGGGUGCAGCUGCUGACACAGGGGCUGCUGCAACCCCACCAGGCACCACCACAGCCACCGCUGCCGGUGCUGGUGGUGGUGCUGCCACUGGUGCCAGUGUUCCCAAUGCUGCUGCUUCAGCUUCAGCAGAUGCAGCUGCUAACACGGCCGACGGCGCUGCCACAGCUGGUGCUGCUGGCGCGCGUGCAUCCGAGGCCGUUGAUGACGCUGCAACGCGAGACUCCAAGCGCAUCCGACCGUCCACUGCUGCUCAAGCCAGCACAGCCACUCCUGCUGGUAAUACACGAGCAACAGCAGCAGGAGGAGACACGAACACAGCCGCAGCAGCAGCAGCAGCGGCGGCAGCAGCAGCAGCGGCAGAGGCAGUAGCCGUAGACCCAUCAGCAGCCAUCUUACCAGUGGAGCAGCUGGUAACCCUACUGAGUGCGCUGGUGGCGCGGGGCAGCGAGGGCAUGCUAGCAGUGGAUGCUCUGAUCGCCUCUCUGCCCCCCGGCAUGCUGGCCGACCUGGUCAUUGAGUUCAUGCAGCACCUCCCUCCCUCUCCCCCUCCCGCUGCUGCUGCCGCUGCUGGCGUACCCAUCUCCCCUGUCGGCCCUCCAGCUGCCCCUCUCUCUCCCCGCCUCGCAGCCUACCUCUCGGUCCCUCGCACUCCUGUGGCCCUGGUUCCACUCUCGCCGCCCCAGCUGGCUGCAGCGCAGCAGGCAGCAGUGUGCAGAGUGGUGGCUGGGGGGUGCAGAGCGGUGCUGCUGGGUGAAGCGGGGCUGUGGGUGGCGCUGCUGGUGGGCAUGGUGAGGGGAGCAGAGGAGGAGGAGCAGCAGCAGCAGGUGCUGCAUGCGUUGCUCAACUACCUCCUGGCUGACUACAACCGAGUCAAGGUGCUGGAUGUGUCGUUGAACUACCUGCUAGCUGAUUACAACCGGGCCAAGGUGAGCUGGUAUUUGAGCCGCCCUCCCACAACUUCUUCCCACUCCCACCCUACCGCUUCUUCUCCCCCAUCCCUCCUGCCGCACUCCUCCUCGUGCCCUCCUCCAAUGCUGCUGCCUCUCUUCGUAAGAGCCCCUUUCUUCCUGCCUCCCCUCUCCUUCACCUCUCCCAUCCUUGUUUCCCCGCUUGAACACCCCUUCUCUUCCCUCCCAUCCCCCUCCUCCCCCAUCUACCCCUGUACCCCUCCUCCCCCAUCUACCCCUGUACCCCUCCUCCCCCAUCUACCCCUGUACCCCUCCUCCCCCAUCUACCCCUGUACCCCUCCUCCCCCAUCUACCCCUGUACCCCUCCUCCCCCAUCUACCCCUGUACCCCUUCCUGCAGCUCAAGUCCCUCCUCUCGCCCUCCUCCGCUGCUGCUGCCGCUGCGCCCGGCGGCCUCAAGUCUCUCCUGCUGCCUCUCUUCGUUGAAGCGCCCUUCCUCCCACCCCCGCUGCUCAACCUGCUGGGACAGGCGUUGCUACGCCCGCCCGUGCGCAGGCGGUGUCUAGCCAUGGCCUUACAGUGUGCAGUGCACCCGCACCCGGACAUUCGCUCCAAGGGCGUGGCACUGGUGGCCAACCGUCUCCACGCCCUGCCCUACCUCACGCUGCCCAUCGAGCGGUACGCCCUCAAGCAGCUGCUGUCUCUGCCGAGCAUGGUGAUGCCGGCUGCAGUGCCGGUGGUUGCUGCUGCUGAAGCUGCUCCGGGUACUGCUGUUACCACUGCUGCUGCUGGUGAUGCUGGUGGUGCUGGGGAUGCUGGUGGUGCUGGGGAUGCUGGUGGUGCUGGGGAUGCUGGUGGUGGGAAGGAAGGAGUGGGAGUGGAGCAGGGAGGGCCAGCAGGGGAAGCGGGGCAAGGAGGCGAGGGAGGGGCGGCGGGGCAAGCAGGAGGGGGAGGGGGAGAGGUAGGUGCAACGGCGCAGCUGUCAGGGGAGCAGCAGAAGGCGGUGGGGCACGAGGUGGAGAGGCGACUGGCGCUCGUCUGUGCGCUCUGCUCCCGGAGGCCAUCUCUACUGGCGGAUUUCUUCCGGGUGUUUGGGCAUGUCAACCCCGUGGCCAAGCGGGUCAUACUGAGAGACCUGCUGCCUCCCAUACUCGCCACACUCCCCCCCACCACUCCCGACCUCCUCACACUCAUCUCCAACCCCCCAGAGGGCUCUAUGCGCCUCCUGCUCAAGCUGCUGCACUGUGUGGCUGACCCACCACGCCCAUCCGCCCCGCCCCCGCCCUUCAUAGCGGCAGUCAAAACCCUCUCUGCUGCCAGGCCUGCGGAGCCGGAGCUCCUCAUUCCCAUCCUGCCCUUCCUCUCCAAAAACGAGGCACUGGAGGUCUUCCCUCGCCUGCUGCAUCUACCUCUGGAACUCUUCAAGAUUGCCCAGGACCGCCUGCUGCAGGGCUCACCCCACACGCCGCCACCACUCACAGCAGUGGAGCUGAUGACCACACUGCACGCUGUGCAACCCAAGAGGGACAAUGUGCCGCUGAAAAAGAUCAUGGCGGUGUGUUCCUUCUGCAUCUCCCAGCGAGCCAUCUACACACAGCAAGUCAUAGCCAAAGUGCUCAACCAGCUGGUCGGACAGACGCCCCUCCCCAUGCUCCUCUUCCGCACCGCCAUGCAGUCUGUUGCAGCCUUCCCUGACAUUGCAUCAUUUGUGGCGGACAUUCUUUCGCGUCUCAUAACCAAACAGCUGUGGCUGGGCUUCAUCAACUCAUCUUUUCCUGUCCGCAUCACUCAUCCCUCUUCCCCUCUUCAAAUCUCCACUGUUCUACCUCCCCCUCUCCCUUCCCUCCACCCACAGCUGCCAGCAGCACAGUUGGAGGAUGCGUUGAAUCGAGAGCCAUCGCUGCGCCCCGACCUAGCAGCACAUGCCGCGCAACCAUCUGUGCAGCCCUCCGUUCCCCGGUAUGCACUCUGUUUUUAG